AUGAACCUUCUUCCCUCCUUCACUCCAGAGACCUGGGCCCUUUUGCUUGUUUUCGUAGCCCUCCUGAUAGUAUAUGGGACCUGGCCAUUUGGGUUUUUCAAGAAGUUGGGUAUUCCUGGGCCAAAACCCCUGCCUUUCAUCGGGACAUGCCUGCACUAUCGCAAAGGUUUAGUGGAGUUUGACAAUGAAUGUUUCGAGAAAUAUGGGAAAAUCUGGGGGAUUUAUGAUGGCAGGAAACCUGUGCUGGGUAUCAUGGACCCCCAGAUCAUUAAAUCUGUGCUGGUUAAAGAGUGUUACUCCACCUUUACCAACCGAAGGCGUUUUGAUCCAGUCGGGGUGCUGAGGAAUGCUGUGUCAAUAGCUGAAGAUGAGCAGUGGAAAAGGCUUCGUACUGUGCUCUCUCCAACCUUCACCAGUGGGAAACUAAAGGAGAUGUUCCCUAUAAUGAAGCACUAUGGGGAAAUUUUGGUGGAAAAUGUUCAAAAGAAGUUGGAAAAGGACAACACUCUAUCUGUAAAGGACAUUUUUGGAUGCUACAGCAUGGAUGUGGUCACCAGCACUUCAUUCGGUGUGAACAUCAACUCCAUGAACAACCCCAAAGACCCCUUUGUCAGAGAGAUGCAGAAGUUCAUCAAGAUUGAUGUUUUUAACCCAGUCCUUCUCUUGACAUUUAUAUGUCCAUUCACUGUUCCUCUCUUCAACAAGAUGAACAUGAACAUAUUCAACAGCAGCGCUGUAGAUUUCUUCAUGAGAUCAGUUGCCAAAAUUAAGCAGGAUCGUGAAAAGGAUGCUCACAAGGGCAGAGUAGAUUUUCUGCAGCUGAUGAUCGAAUCCCAGAAGUCAGCCAGUCACAACGGCAAUGAAGAGAAUAACUUACAUAAAGCCCUGACUGAUGUAGAGGUCCUGGCACAAGCCAUCAUUUUUAUUUUUGCCGGCUACGAACCCACCAGCAACACACUUUGUUACCUGGCGUACGAACUGGCCACGCAUCCCGACGUGCAGCAAAAGCUGCUGGAUGAAAUCGACACUGUUUUACCCAACAAGGCUCCUCUCACUUAUGAAGCAAUCAUGCAGUUGGAAUAUCUUGACAUGGCAAUGAAUGAAACCCUCCGGCUCUUCCCCAUUGGAGGACGGCUCGAGAGAGUCUGCAAGAAAGACGUAGAAAUAAAUGGAGUGACCAUUCCCAAAGGAACUGUUGUUAUGAUCCCACCCACUACCCUGCACCGCGUCCCUGAGUACUGGCCAAACCCAGAAGAGUUCAGACCAGAAAGGUUCAACAAGGAAAACAGAGAGUCCAUAGACCCAUACACGUACCUGCCCUUCGGGGCUGGUCCCAGGAACUGCCUCGGGUUGCGGUUUGCUCUCCUGACGAUGAAAGUUGCCAUCACCAUCCUAUUGCAACAUUUCACCUUCCAGAUCUGCAAAGAAACACAGAUCCCUCUCAAGCUGAAUACACGGGGACUCUUAAGACCAGAGAAACCGAUUAUUUUGAAGGUAGUCCCCCGGACCAACACCGCACCUGCAAAGGCAUAA